AUGAUUGCCUUAUCUAUCGAAUUGUUCUGUAUUCAACUUGGAUAUUUUGACUGCCAAUUAAAAAUCACUUAGCUUCCAGGAUUUUAUGCAUUAGGACGAUUAUUUUCAUUAUUAUUAGUUAUAUACCCAAGUUCAUACGAUGUAAGUAGUGACUUUAAAGCUUUAAGUUCUGAGGUAGUUGAAAAUCGAUUUUAUUCUUUAUUGCAAUUACUAAUAGAUCUAAUCAAUUAGAUAUUCACCAAUACUUCGCUUCAAAAUUACCUACAAUUUGCGUUUAAUUUGGUAAUUUUUUUGGGAAUUGGUUUUGUUAUAAUUGCCAACUAUAAUACAAAAGAUACUAUUGAAAAAAAUAUUAGGAAGUAAAAUUUUUAAAAUAUCCUUUUAAAAAUGAUAACUUUCUUCUUUAUUUGCAUUUCUGUAGUGUUUUCAAUACCUUUUUUAAUAAUAGCUCUCCAUAAUUUACAAAGGUCAAGUAGAGAAUAUAGUUAUGGUUGGUUUAUCAAUGACGUAGUUUAUUUGGCAGUCAUCCAUUUUAUCUCCCUAUUUUAUUUUAUUCUCCUUGAGGGAACAUUGAUAGUGAAAGAUAGAAUAUGCAAAAAAUUAUAGGUCAAUUUUCAAGACUAUUUAAUAUUUCUCUUACAAAUGAUUCAACCAUACAUAUUUAUACUUAGUUCUAAAGAGGUGGCAAAUUAUGGUCAAUCUAUAAUAUUUCUACUGAUCACAUUCCUAGAAAUCAUUUCCAUAUAUAUUUAUAAGGAAUACUCUAAUAAUUGUUAAAUACUGCUCUUAAUAUUCAUUCAUUCCUGCGGGGGUAUAAUAGCUCUAUGUUCCAUCACUCAGAUUAAUCAACCCAUGAUAUUUUUGAUCCUUUUGUCGCCCCUUCUAAUUUUAAUUGGCACCUAUGUACAUAAUUGGUUGUAAUUUUUAAUGCUUACUUCAAAUCAUUAAAUACUAAAUUUAUUUGAAGUCAAUAAUCUAAUAUGUUCAUCAUUAUCCAGCUAAUAAAAACAAUCAUUCCAGUAAACUUGUAUUCUCAACUCUAUUUAUUAAUAUAAGCAUUCUUAGUAAUGUCAAAAUGCCAAAUGUUAGUGUAAAAUAUAAGAGCUAAGCUCAAGUAACCCUAAUAAGAUGGUUGUACUCUCGGAUAUCGUAGAAUAAGAACUAUAUUAUCGAUUGGUAGAGAGGAUGAAAAAAUUAAUCUAAAGUUAAGAACCCAAGGAUUGCUUUUAUUUUCUUAUUCAUUUCUUAUUUGCUCAAUAAUAUCAUGGAGAAGUCUAUGAAAUAUACAGUAAAGUAGAGAAUAAAAUUAAAUGGAAAUUCUUCAUUAUGAUGAUCAAAUAGAAUUUAUACAUCAGUUUGAAUGCAAAAUUAGAUGUAAAUCAUUCUGACAAAACCAAACUCUCCAUGAAAAUCAAUUAGUUUGUUCAAUCUGAGGGUUUCAAUUAAAGUAUCAAAGAUGGUUUGAUUGACAUAAUUCAAUAGAAAUUGCAAUUGCAGUAGUUAUUAGUGAAAUAGCAGAACAAGAUUGACUUCACAUAUUAAUAUUACAAUUUAUUGGAGAGUGUUGAAAAGUAGGAAAAGAUACUGAAAACUAUAUAUGAUUAAUUUCCAAGCCAAAGAAAUUAAUCCUAGUUAAUGUUUUUUUAUGCAGAAAUCAAAUACGAUUGGAAAAAGGCUUUCGAUUAAUUAUAAAUAAAUGCUAUUGAUAAUUCAUUAUUAAGCAUCGUAACUGAUGUUGAUUUUAAUAGAUUAGCCAACAAAAUGGCAUAUUUAAUUUAUUCUUAUGAUGAUAGAAAACUUAAAAUCAUUUCAUAUUCUAAGAAGGCCCCGGUAGUCUUUGGUUUUUAAUAAAAAUAAUUUGAUUUGAUAGUCACUCCAGAUCCAUUGAUACCAGCAGUAGUUAGAGAUGUACAUGAUUAAUACAUAGCAGAUUUUUUGUAAAAUGGGAAAGGAGCUUACUUUAGACAAGUAGGCUAGAACUUUUGUUAAUUAAAAUCAGGAUAUUUAUAGAACAUAGAAUUCUUUUUUGAUCUCUAUUUUGAUAAUAAUCAAUCAUUUCGUUUUAUCACUUUUAUAAGUUGUUAAGAAUAGGGAGAUCCAGUGAUCUUGGUUGAUCAAACAAAUAAAAUUUAGGGAGUAAAUAAAGAGUUAUUCAAAAAGUUGAAUUUCAAUCCAAAAAUCAUCGAUUAGUUAUCUAUAGAAAAAUCACUUUAUAAUUUAACAACAGAUUUAUUCUUAAACAAUGAUAUAUUGAAUGGAGCCUAAUGUUAAUAUUCAUUUUAGUUUUAUUUUCCUAAAGAUUCAUUUUUUGCAUAGGAAUUUACUACAACUACAUAGAAGAUUACAAGUCUAAGAAAUUAAUAGAAAUUAUCUUAAUAUGAAGUGAGUUGUGAAGUUCUGAGACGGAGUAAUUAUAAAAUCAUAAGGCUAAAGAAGAUCUAAGAAAAUAAAAAAAUGAACCUAACAUAAUCGAUAGAAUUGCAAUUGAAUAUGGAAAUUAAUUUACCAAUUAAUAAAGAGGAAUCUAUUAUUCUUCCUUAUGAAAAUUCCCUAUUAAAUGAACCGUCUUCAAACAUGAUCAUUCAAACUCAAAGGAAAACUGAUGUCAGAUUUUUGAGUGAAUUAGAAGAGAAGAAUCUAGAAUAAAUUGAUGAAGAGAAAGUAAAAGUAUAUCAUUAUAGUGAAUCCAAUAUUAUUGAAUAUGAUAAUAAGACUGUUAAGGUAUUGGGGAAUGUAUAUGACAAUGACAUAAGGAAUUAGGAGAACUUUGCUUUGGAAGGUUCUUAAGCAUCUUCAAUGGCUGGAUUGAGAAAAUCAGUGUAUUAUAGAAAAUACACUCUUGUAAAUCAACUUAACGAGUAAACUCCAGUUAUACCCUUAUUAAGCAAACUAUUUGGAUAUCUGAUUUUUGCUCUAAUCAAUUAAGUCAUAUUCCUAUCGAUUAAUAUUUCAUUCUCAAAAACAGACUUUUACUCACUAAAUUAUUACUACGAAUCAAUCUAAAUCAAUCAUUAUUUCAUAGAGCCGAUGCAGAAGUUCUUUUUGACACGUUAUAUGCUUCAAGAUUACCAAAUUUUAAACCUAUAUUAAAGCAUAACUAAAGAGAAACUUGCUUAUUAUUUACAAUUUAUUAACCCUCUAUUGAUAGGGUCAUAUGAUGAAUUCAAAGAUAACUUUCAGGAUCAUUUCUAGGACGAUACAUUAUCUUAAUUCAUCAAAGACGAAUACGUUAUUAUCUAAUAGUAAAUAACUCACUAUGCUCCACUCAAAUUACAAGAAUACAAUGUUACUUUAUUUAACGCGUUUAGUAUCCUGCUUGAUGCCUUUUACAAACAAGAGUAAAUUUAUAUCAAACCUUAAACUACAAGAGGCACAAAUCCUCAUAACACAUAUUAAUAUAAGAAUUAUAUCUUAUUUGUAACUAUCUUUGAUAAAAUAUCUGAUCUAAUGUAUGAAGAAUCUAUCGAAAAAAUCGAAUUGGUUGUACAGAGAUGGAUAAUAAUGGUCAUUCCAAUAUCAAUUGCAGUUCUAAUAUCUGUAUUAUUACUUGGGUAUUACUACAACUAUUACAAUCGAUUCAUUGAGAAGUUUUUUGAUCUGAACAAACACAUAGAACAGGUUGAACUUGAUACUGAUCAAAGUAGGCAAUAGUUUAUACUUCAAAGUUUAAAAUAAGGAUCAGAAUUGAUCCACUUGUAUAAAUUUAACUUGAUCGGAAAGGAGGAAGUAUUAUCAAGAAAUAAAAUCAAGGAAUCUAAGAACGAGAUCAAAAAUGUUGUCAAUGAGCCAAAAGUUGUUAGGCAAUUUAUUAAAAUUUCAAAAUCCCCACUUAUUUUUUCUGCCCUAGCGUUGCUACUACAAUAUUUGAUGAUAGCUGGCCCUUUAACAUAUGUUGGCAGCGAUUACAUGAAUAAAUUCUACACAACUAUUCACUUUUUUAAAUCCCUUUCUGAUAUAGGUGUUUAUGUGCCUGCCUCCUUCUCAUAAAAAGAAAUCUUGUAUUUCUUCUUUUAUUUCACUUACUAUACUACUGAUGAUAGAGUAUUCUUUGUUAAUCAAAUCUAGAAAGCAGUUAACAAAAUAGAUACCUUCUUAAACUUGCAUAUUGAGAGUUCGAAAUUACAAUUUUCAUAAUAAUUUUUAGAUGAUUAUGAAUACUUGGAGUAAAACAAUCUAUGUCAAUUGUUGAAUAGUUCAAAAUAUUAUGAUUUGGAUUAUUUUUGUUAGAAUUCUCAAAAUGGAAUAUUGAAAUUGGGUUUGAGAGCAUCCCUGACCAAUUUCAAUAAUAUACUGAAGACAGAAUUAGAUAUCGACUUUCCUACCACUCGUAAGUACCCUCCAAAAGAGGAAUUGGAAGCUGUUUAUUUAGGUUCGGACAUAAUUUCUGAAAUUACGAUUAAAAUGGAAAAAGAUAUUAGUUCACAAACUUUAAAGAUCGAGGAAUUAUAUAAUAUCAUAAAUGCUUUAAGUCUGACUUAUACUAUCAUGCUGAUUAUGGUUAUUUAGUUUUCAGUGUUCAAAAUGUUUAGAUAGAAACUUAAUAGAACCAAAAUGAUCUCAUUAAUUUUUCCACUAGAAACAAUCUACUUAAAUGACCAUUUUGAAAGAGAACUAAGAAGAAUGGUUACAAGUGAAAAAUUGAUUUGA